AUGCCUAUUACCUACAUCACACGCACCGAAUCCUUUUCCGCAGCACAUCGUCUCCACUCUUGUCAUUUGACCGACGAAGAGAAUGCGCUCCUGUACGGCAAAUGCAACCAUGCCAACUUUCACGGACACAAUUACAAAGUUGAAAUAACACUGAGAGGAAAAGUCGAUCCUCGCACAGGCAUGGUGAUGAACUUGGUGGAUUUAAAACAAUGCAUCAAGUUGGCAGUGCUGGAUCCUCUGGAUCACCGAAAUCUGGACUUGGAUGUGGAAUAUUUUCAGAAACAACCAAGCACCACCGAAAACCUGGCCAUCUUUAUCUGGUCGAAUUUUCAACGCCAUUAUUCCCAAAAUCCAGCAUGGCGAUCAUCGUCAGCACGAUUAUACAAAGUGAAGAUACAUGAGACAGAUAAUAAUUCGGUGGAAUAUAUGGGAGAAGAGGAUGACGAAGCGAUCAUGGAGGGCAACAAAUUACCGCAACCGUAG